AUGCUUCACUCUAAAAUAAAAUAAAUAAAAUAAAAUAAAAAUGGUUCUUCACCUUCCCUCUCCUGGGUUUGUUUCUGGGAGUUGGAAAAUCAAAGUUGUGAUCAUCAUGUCUUCUUCUCAUUCCUUUCACAAAUCCCCUCUCUCCAACACUACCACCGCUUCCGUCAACUCCGACUCCACCUCCACCUCCACCUCCGGAGUUAAUGUCUACGUCAGAAGAAGGAACAAAAGACCCAAAGGAAUCACCACCACCACAACUCCAACCCACACUCACAACAAAAAGUUUGGUCUGCCUGAUAUUGAAGACUUUGCAUACAAAGGACCAAAUGAAUUGACUCAAUGCAUAAAAUCAGAAGUGAGCUUAGAUGUGACUCCAACUGAAAGUGAAAUUGUUUCUACAACUCAUAGCAUUGAAUCACCUGCACACUGGGUAGAGACGCUUGAAGGCAUUCGCAAAAUGAGAUGUUCUGGAGAUGCACCGGUAGACACUAUGGGAUGUGAGAAAGCUGGUUCUACACUACCUCCUAAGGAAAGAAGAUUUGCUGUCCUGGUAUCUUCUCUUUUAUCAAGCCAAACCAAGGAUCAUGUUAAUCAUGGAGCAAUUCAACGUCUUCUUCAAAAUGAUCUGCUUACUCCUGAUGCAAUCAACAAUGCUGAAGAAGAAACUAUCAAAAAGUUGAUUUACCCAGUUGGGUUUUAUACAAGAAAAGCCACUAACUUGAAAAAAAUUGCAAAUAUUUGCCUCAUGAAGUAUGGCGGUGACAUACCUAGCACACUUGAGCAACUACUCUUACUUCCAGGCAUAGGUCCUAAGAUGGCUCAUUUGGUUAUGAAUGUUGCAUGGAACAAUGUUCAAGGGAUAUGUGUAGAUACUCAUGUUCACCGCAUUUGCAAUCGGCUAGGAUGGGUGUCAAGAUUGGGCACGAAACAGAAAACCUCGACACCUGAAGAGACAAGAGUGUCACUGCAAGGGUGGCUUCCAAGGGAAGAAUGGGAUCCAAUAAAUCCUCUAUUGGUAGGAUUUGGACAGACAAUUUGUACACCUCUAAGACCUCGUUGCGGAGAAUGCAGUAUAACUGAGUUGUGUCCAUCAGCAUUCAAGGAGGCCUCAGAUUCAAGCCCAGUUUCCAAGUCGACAAAGUCCCGAAGGAACAAGAAACUUUAACAAAGGGAAAUACUUUCCUCACUCUAAACAUGAGUUCAGAUGUACAUAUCUGACAACUCUAAUUUUGUACCAUCCAAAACUACAAUUUCAGAAACAUGUGAAAUAUUUUUAGAAGCUGAAGGGGUAAAAAGUAGCACCCUUAAGAAAUUGGAUUGAAUUUUGGUUUUUCUGUUAAGUGAUCUUGCUCUAUUUUGACAUUUACAUACAAGUAUGUAUGCGCUGUGAUUAAAUGAUUAUUAAUUAGGCUCCCAUUGUACACAGCUACACAUAUAGAGAUGUGUAUGCAUUUUGUAGAAGAAAAACUGACUGUGUGCAACCGUGAUUUUUUUUUUUUUUGACUCAAGUGAACUUGAAUGUGGAAACUUGGUUUCAUAGUA